AUAUUUCACACGAUGGUGAGGCGUAUAAAUAUAAGAGAUGAGAUCAAACGGACCAUUUAACGGACGAAAUGGACUGGAAAGUUGUCUUCGUUUUGGUCUUUGGACUAACAAAUUCACAAAGGAGCGUCGAUCGAGCAUAUUCACCAAACACGGAAUAUGUUUACGAAUAUGAAGCUCAGUUGGCAACUGGAAUGCCGGGAGGUAGCAAGUUGUAUUCUGGGCUGAAAGUCAAAUCUGAUGUCCGUUUCCAGUUCCAAACAGUAUCCAGAGUCACGAUGAAGAUGGACAAAGUUUAUCUUUAUAAACUGAACGGCUUGGUUGAAAACGAGAACCCUACUAGGGAACAACUCUCUGUUUAUGAAGAACUCAGUGGUUCAGAGGCCAAAUGGAUGCUUGACUAUCUGAUGAAACCUAUGACGUUCAAGUACAUUAAAGGACAUGUACUAGAAAUUAGGGGUGAGACUGAUGACAAUGCUUGGUCCACCAAUGUAAAGAAAGGUAUACUGAGUUUACUGGAGAUGAAUCUGGAGGAGAGGAUGUCUGUCAGCAGUAAAGAUCGUCUGGUGGAACUUAACCGUAAUAGGUUUGCUCCAACAGACUUCUAUACUGUCAUGGAGCCAAGUGUUGUUGGUGACUGUGAAACAACAUACAAUCUUGAAACAGAUAUGUCCAAUGAAGGCCAGAAUUACAUGUACUUGACUAAAAUCAAGAACUAUAAACGUUGUCUGGAUCGUCCUGUAUAUACCAGGUCUUAUUUCAAUGCAAUGAAAUGUGCACAGUGUGAAAUUGAAAGGACUGAACCAUUCAAAUCAGCAUCCCAGAUCCGAUACAUUCUCAACGGAGACAAACGCAUGUUCCUUAUCCAAAGUGCUAUAGCAGAAAGUCAGCAUAUAUUCACACCGUAUUCAGCUGACGGAGGAAAUGUUGCUACUUAUAUUAACCAGACAAUGGUGUUGAUCAACCAAGAAAAAAUCCAAAGUCCAAUCGCCGGCCCACGAAAUCCACAGGUCUAUACUAAUGGACUUCAAGCUGAUGUACAUGACAAGCAGGACCAACUUGAGAAACCUCUAACAAUGCAACCAUCUUUAGAUCAAAUGCCAAAACGAACUCCCGAAGAAGCCAAACAAUUGAUUUCAAAGUAUCUGAACAUGAUUGUUGGUUACUCAAAAGAUGAAGUCGAAGCAGAGGCGACGUCAGUAACUUUUACUUUAGCUGAUGAAAUAAGAAGAGCUGACGCCGAUAUUUUACGGUCUGUUUGGGAAGAAUAUGCAGAAAGUACUGAUAAGUCAGCUAAUGGCGACAAAUACUAUAAGAGAGAAAUUUUAUUAGAUGUUUUUCCAAUGACUGGAACGCCAGCAGCUUUUGAGAUUUUGUCUGACUACAUCAGAAAGGCUAAAACCAGUCCAGAGAGAAUGUCCGUCGCCAUUAAUGCCUUUACUGUCACAGCUUAUCCCGAUAUCAAUAUUGCCAAAUAUCUGCUGGAAAUGGUGCGUGACAAAUAUAUCUACAACACAGAACCCUUACGUCAAUCCACAUACAUGUGUUUGGGCGCUUUUGCCGAUAGGAUUAGAGUUGAAAAGGACAAGCUGAACAAAAAGUUGUUACAGAAGGAAAAACAGAUAAAGGCACUUCAUGAUGCUGAGAACAGGAAAUACGUACAAUCUCAGCUUCAAUCUAAGCUCACACAUGUCCAAGAUCAACUGGAACAAACUUCUGCAGUAUUUUCUAAACUAAAAAUGGAAAUCUUAAAGGAAGUGAGAUCAUUGAUGAAAUCACAGAAACCUGAGGACCUUAUUCUGGCUUUGAAAACCAUUGGAAAUGCCGGAUAUCCUGAUUUCAUUUCUGACAUCAAACCUAUUAUAGAAGACAAAUCAAAAUCACAAAUUAUACGUGCACAAGCUAUUUACAGUUUAAGGAAAAUAACUGCUUACAUACCGGAGGCUGUUAGGAUUUUGCUCUUGCCGUAUUACUUCGACUCCCAAGAGGUUGAAGAAGUGAGAAUUGCGUCGUAUUUGUUAAUAGCUGGCACCAGUCCAACAAGACCAACACUUGAACUGAUUGCUCAAUCAUUGUACAGAGAACCCAAUCCUCAUGUUGGUACAUUCGUGUACACACACUUGGAACAAUUGUCUAACUCAACACAUCCUUGUCUUAUGUCUUGGGCAAAGAAUGCUACAUUUGCUUUGCGAUUUGCCAAGAAAUUUAGCCCCAGUUGGCACUACUCUCAAUUUUUCCACCUAUCAUCAUAUAAUGAUGAAGCUAAAUUAGGCGGUGCUUUGGAGUUUGGUUACGUAUCCUCUCCCCAAGAAUUUAUCCCUCGCAGUGGUGCAAUUCAUGGGAACAUGCACAUCCUGGGUUAUUCUACAAACGUUAUGGAGGUUGGAUUUAAUACUGAAGGUCUCCAGAACAUGGUCAGUAAAUUACUUGGUCCCCACAGUAAGCUAGCUAGGAGUCAAUCAGUUUUGGACUUACUCAAGUCACGAAAACAGUCUGUUUCUUCAUCUGAAAGGCAAUCUGAGGAAAGCAGGCAACAAGCUGACCAAGUCCCAGAAAGAGUUAGAGAUAUACAUAAAAAAUUGAAAGUAGAACAGAGACGAUCACCAAACCUGCAGGGGCACAUCUAUUUCAAACUCUUCAACAAUGAAAUUAGGUACUUUGAUUUGGACGAAUCAAUGCUACUUAGUGUCAUUCAAAAAGGAUUGUCCUCAGACAAGAGUGAUUCCAAGAAUGGUUUUGACGUUGAUUUUUAUAAAUCAGCCCAGCACAUCGAUGGCCAAUACAGUUGGUUCACCGAGAUUGGAUUCCCCAUUCAUUUCAAAGUUAAAAGUUCUGCAACAUCAAAAGUAACUGGUAAAUGGUCUUUCGGACCAACACUUAAAGGAGGUGCUGUACAAGCAGAAGCCAAAUUCGAUAUUGAUUCAAGCAUGGCAUUCCAAAUGAGAGGAGUGGUAGAAGCAGAUUUUUACUAUUUCAAGAGCGGUGCUACAGUAACAUCACAGUUUCAGUCGGCAUCACCAACAACCUAUUCCCUAUCAGUAAAUCCAAGCACAAGAGAAUUUUUCGCAAGGUUGGAUAUGAAGAAUUUGAAAGAGAAUUUCUUCCACAGUGAGAUUAGCCCUACGUUCUUUGUUGAGAGUCAUUACAUUGGCGCAACUAAAGUUCCAUAUGCAGACCUUAAAUAUGUGGACAAGAUGUACGACGCAGAAGUGAUUCCAUUUGAUUACCAAUAUGGAAAAUACGAAUUAGGCUAUACAUACACAAUGAAAGGACAAACAGUUACUAGAAAUUUCCUACCACGUCUGCCUUUUUAUCCAUUUUGUGGAAGAAAUCAGAUUUUCAUGUCUCUUAAGCCAGGAGUUAACCCUCCAGAAUUCAGAGAAUUUCAAUUCAAAUAUUUAACUAAACUAUCAGAUCCAUCGGAGGACAGCAGAUUGGACAAAAGUUCUGAAGAACGUCAAUUAGAUCAGACUAGUAAAGAACAAGAUCAAAGUAAUUCACAAAAUGGUAUUUGGUCAAAUCUCAAGAGUUGGUUUGGUGCAAAUACAGAGAGUGAAGAGUCAAUGUCAUCUAAACCUCGUCAGAGAACACAGCACCAAUCACAACAAAGUAGUAGUAAUUCUCAACAACAGUCACAGCAACGUCGAUCUUCCAGCAGUUCCCCAGCAUGGUAUGGAUUUGGGGUUCGAUUUGUUGGCGUUGGAAGUAAACCAGAACGAUGGACACAGUUUCGCGGAUAUUAUCAACGUAAUCCAACAAACAGACAGUAUAGUUUUAAUUUCCAUUAUUCACGUAAUGCUUUUCCAGUGAUAGAACAGCAUCCAUACAGUGUCGAAAUAAAGGGAACAGGUACAUAUCCAGAAAUGGAAAUAGAACCUUCGUCUCUGUUAAGCUCAUCAUAUCAGAGAGAAAACCAAAGACUAAUCAAGAGAUUUUUGGAAAGUCACAAUAGAGAGGAAGUGUCUGAUCAAUUGUUGAAAUUAGAGUCAGUUCUGGGAAAAGAUAACCUAUUUGACUUGAUGUCUAACCCAAAGCAUCGUCAGAGAGAUCUGAUCGAAGAACUAGUCCAGGAAAAUAAAAGGUCUGCUGACCCAAAAAUACAACAGCUGGUCAAACUGGCAGAAAAUCAAAAACAAGUUUCACAACAGCUUCAAAGCCUUGUGAAACAGAGACAUAAUGUUUUGGAGUCGUCCAGUAAAUUACGAAAAUUGAACAACUUAAUAGAAAAACUGUCGUCUAUUAACGAUGAAGCAUCAAAGCAGUUGGAAGAAAUAUCAGACAGUUUACAGAAAGGCGUAAUUUUGAAAAGCGUUGUCCUAAGGCAACAGGAAAACCAGAAGCGUCUAUGGGUGAUCAAGAAAAAUUUACAAAGUCAUUUAGACAGACAACAAAAACAAGCACUUGCUCUUAAGGUACAAAGCUCUCUGCAGGAGGUUCAAAAAUUACUCCAAAAACAGUCGCAAAAAGAGAAAAGCAGUUCAAAGAAGUCAUUAGUCAUGAAAGAACUACAAGCAGUAAAACAGGAACAGGCCAAAAUAAUUGGAGAUGUAUCGGGUUCAUCAAAGAAGGUACCAAAACACGCACUUCAACGGGUUGUACAGAUGACAGAUGAAUUAUUACACCAGAUUGUUACCCAGCACAAUGCAAAAGAAAACAAAGAGCAGUCUCUUGUGUUACUCAGUGUUUUGAUUCAACGCCAGCAAAUAGUAGAAGCUAUUAAGCAAGCCACUGAAAAUCCUGUAGACCAAUCCAGUGACAAAUCUAUCGAUAGUAGCGAGAAUGAUAGUGUAGAAUCAGUUGGAGGUAAGCGUCAAUGGAAAGAACUUGUAGAUAAACUUCAAGAUCAGGUUCGCGCUAUUUCUAUAGUUGUUGAAAUGAGCGAACUUGAAAAAAAUAUCAAUCAAAUGCAAAAAUCCAAUUCACUUGAUGAUGUGCAAGUUGUUACAGAACUAAGCAAGUUACGUUUAAGACAAAUUCAAAUGGGCUUAUCUCUCCCGAAAUUGGCAAGAUUGAAUAAAGAACAAGCGAGAAACAUUGUAAACAAACUUGAAGAAAUAUCAAAUGAGGUAGCACAGAAAGCAGAACAAAUCAGUCAUUAUAGUUCUGCUGUGUACCAAGUGAAAAAAAUAAGCGAGUCGCAAAUACAACUACUUGAAAAGGUUCAGAAUUUAAUACAGAACAAACAGGAAAAGAGUCUGCGAGACAGAAUUCAAGGCGAUAAACUAAUCAAUAUGGAUGUAUCAAAUAGAUUGAUAGAGAGAAUUGAGAAGUCAGUACAAAGAAGUGUUCCACGAGCAAAAUUCACAGUUUCUAAAUUGAUAGCUGAAAUUCAGCUAGAACAACAAUCCGUUGAAGAAUUAGUAAAACAGCAGGGCCCAAGACAGGGAGGUCAACACAUAGCUGAUGUUUCCAAAGAAAUUAUUCAGAAAGCAAAACAAAUCGUUGAAAAAAUUUCUCAACAACCUAAACAAUCAUGGAGAUCGCAAAAUUUGGAGCAACUAAGCGAAAUUGUCCAAAAACAAGAUAAAAUCUUACAAGCUAUAGAAAGGGCCACACAACUUAUUUCAUCUCCUGAAAUACGAGACCUUAAGGGCAUCUUACAAAGGCAACAACGAGAACUUCGUGAAAUCAAGGUUUCAAUUGACAGACAAGUUCAAGUAUAUAUAGCAUCAAGGAAACAACAAUCAUCGUCGGCGUCUCAGGAAAUGCAGCCAAUCUCACAAUCUGAUAGUCCACAAUGGUCAAGUCAUCGUUCUGAAGAACAACAACGAGUUGAUGUUCCCUCUGAGGUAGAUCACUUGAUUAAAGAAAUACAGCAAAAGUUGGAACAGAUAAAACUACAAGUAUCUCAAAUUUCAAAACAAAGAAAGUCACAAUUAGUUAAAGAAUCUAUCAGAUUAACAAAAGAAGCCGUUGCUGUUGUGUCUGCUCAUCCGCAGAUAAGGAUACCAGAAAAUCUACUCCGGCAAAUCAAGGAAAUCCAAAGUACGCUCCAGCAAAUGAUAAGUCGAGAUGUCGAUUCCUCAGACGAUAAAAGCUUACAAAGUAGACAAUUAAGCGAAUUGAAGGUACUGAAAGAUGAACUCAAACAGCAGACGCGUCAGCAAUAUGCUUUAAGAGAAAGUGUACAAAGCUCCGAACAAGAAUAUGAUAGUAAUGAACAGUACAGAGAAUUGCAGAAGAUGUCGGAACAGUCAGCAGACAACCAGAUGUUUUGGAACAUGGACAUCACAUUUGGAUACAAAGGUCUUCUUCAUAAGCAUAUACAAGUAGAGGGAAGAGCUGAAAAGUCGAUUGCCCAAUUGCAGUGGGAAGCAAGGCAGGCAUCUCCACAGAAAGACGAUUUAGUACGUAGAUAUCUUGAAGAAAAAGACAAUCCGACAUCUAAAUCAGAGCAGGCAUACAGAGAACUUAAACGGGAAUUAAACAUGUUUCGACAUUAUCAUUUUAAUGUAAAAUAUGUCAUGAAUGACUUCGAGCCAUUUUAUCGUAUGAUGUAUUGGCGCUUCCAAGAAUAUAUGAAAUUUGCUUUGUAUAAAUAUGGUGAAUUUUAUAUGCCAAAGGAAACGGCUGAUAAAAUUGAGUUAAUGUUUGAUUUGCACAGAAAUAAUAAACAGAUGGACAUAUCUCUGUCCACACCGUACGAAAUGGACAGAUUCCAUGGUAUUUAUCUCCCUUGGAUGGCCUAUAUGGAAAUGUUUUACAGAGCUGAUAGCAUCAAACUGCCCGAGAGUGUACCUCAACAAUCGCCAUUAUUUUCUGCAUCUCAGAAACUGCCAGGUGAAUGUGAAGUCCGCCAGAGAUCUGUUAGAACAAUGGAUGAGCAUGUUAUAGAAUUACCUGAUACAAGGUCAUGUGACGUAAUUCUGGCCAUGGACUGCUCCCCAGCUGCUAAAUUUGUUGUAAAAGCUAGAAGUGAAAAUCCACAUAAACGGGUUGUAACUGUGAUUACCGGGGAAUCAAGAGUGGAAGUAGUAAAACAAGACGCCAUCAUUAGUGUCAAGGUUAAUGGUCAACAGCAGCCAUUGUCACAGGAUAAAUCAGUAAUAGUCCAAGGACAAAGUGGAAAAUCUAGUAAACAAGAAGUUAUUAAAGUUUCCAAAGAAGGAGAAGCUGUGAAGAUUUCGUUACCUCAAGAAGGAAUCCGAGUCAUGGUGUUACGAGAUCAAAUCAAAGUCCAGGCAUCUCCAUUCCAAUACUCCAAACUCUGUGGAAUCUGUGGUAAUUACGAUGGCAUCCCACAAAAUGACCGCGAAAAUCCCCAAAGACUACAACAGAGGUCGCCUAGCUGUUUGUUAGCAGAUAAUAUAUUACCUGAUGAUAAGUGCAAUGUUAAACCAAUCAAAGACCAAUGCAGUAAAGAACAGCCACAGUCUCCUGAAGCAUGUAAACCUGUGCAAAAGCAACUAGUAAAAACAAGGCAACAAAAUGGUCAAAGUCAGAUUUGUUUCUCAGUUGAACCUGUAAAGGAAUGUAAACCAGGUUGUAAGGAGAUCAAACCCAGAGGAAAGCGUGUAGCAAUGAAGUGUUUAGAUCAACAAAAUAGAAGCGCCCAGAUUUUUCUCAGUCAUAGCCAUCAUCGUCCUCUGUCCGAGAUUGCAUCGAUCUCUGUUCCUAAGCAGGACCGAUUUGUAACUGAUGUUAAGGAACCUUACAGCUGUUCUAGAAAUUAAAUGAAACAUUUUCAAUAAAAGGAAACCUACAUUUUAAACGACCCAUGGACUCUCCGAUUUUUACUGUUUAGCUAUGCUUGAAACCCUGUUAAUUGUAUGUUUGUUUUGUAACGGCUUUUCUUUAUUAUUAUUUUGCUUUCGUUUUAUCUAGCAGUUUAUACCCUUAUUUUCAAGUAUAUUACUGCGUGCCGUGCCAAAUAUUACAUAUGGUUCUAUAUAAAGUAAACAAUGUUUAUGAACUGCAAAUGAGUUGAUUGUAUUGAUAGUAUUUAUGACAUUCAUUUUGAGCGAUAUAAAUAGGGCAUUAAUUCAGAGGUGUUUUGUAUUUUUUUACAUUAUAAAUCCUCUUUUGAGUAUUAUUUUUGUUUUGCUUAUACAAGCUGUGUAUAUAUAUUCGUUUGCUAAUUUUUCUUGUUUUAUGUUGAUUUUAUUUUAUUUUUCUAUAGGUCCAUUUUUCAAUUUGCUAAUUUAGAAUCGAAUUUUUGGUUUUAGUAUAUGUCUUGUCAAACUUUUUAUAAAUAAUUGUUUAUAUGAUCUGCUUUCAAUAUUUUGUAGUAUCAUGGUUGUAUUUUCUAUGGAUAUUUAUAUGAUUUAAAAGUCGUUAACCAGUAAGAUGUAGACAAGUAUCCUCAGGAUAACAUGAUUUAUGUGGGUUUCUAUUGUAUAUAGCUUUUAGCAAAUAAAGCAUGCAGCAUUUUG